CUUUAUCGAAGAAGUGAAUGUCAAUUUCAAUGGUAGGAUCGCGUGCUUUGAGAAGAGGUUUUAUUUUGUUUAUAAGAAGAUUAAUAACACGAUGAGCGAAUUAACGGAUGUUAGUUUUGAAGAAAUAAGGCAUAAUAUUAAGAAGGAACCCAGCUGGGUUGGAUAUGAAGAGAUCUCUCCCCAACAGAAUUUGGAAUUUGAUCAUGAAGCUGUCAAGACAAUGAUGAAAAUUGAAACAGUUGAUGAUAUAAAAUUACAGAGUGCCGAAGAGAGCAUUCUUAUGAAUGGUAACAGCAAUUCCUAUGAAGAUGAUAACUUUAAAACAGAAGGUUUUUUGCAACAAGAUCAGUUUACUUCAUUAUUACCUCAUUACAAAACAUAUCAAGAUGCAACUCUCUUAAAAGUAGAAAUAAAUGACAAUGUGAUUACUCAAGAAAACAAUAAAGGACUUGAAAUCUGUGGAGGUGAAGAAAAUAAAAUUUAUCAUAAUAAUAGAAUUAAUGGAGAUUUAUCUCGCAAUAUAUAUGAAAUAAAAUUUUCUCCCUUAAGAAUGUUAAACGUGAAUGCAAACAACUUUAUGACAGGAAAACAGUACCAAUGUAACAUUUGCAAAAAACGUUUUAUUUGGAAUCAGACAUUAAAGUGUCAUUUAAUAGUACAUAAUGGUAACAAACAUAUUAAAUGCAGAUUUUGUCAGAGGAGGUUUGCUACAAAAUCUGUUUUGAAAAAGCAUUUGUGGACUGCUUACAAGAAAAAGUUUCUUCGGAGAAUUCGGAAGCAUUUUUAUUUUUACAAUUUAUAUUUUAAGAUAGGGCAGUUAAUGAAGAUUAAAAAAAGGACUUUCACUUGUGAUAUUUGUAAUGAAAGGUUUUUUUUAUACUCUCAUUUAGAAAAACAUAAAAAUUUUCAUUCUUUUAGUAAAUAUCAUUGUAAUGUUUGUAACAAGAAUUUUACUUAUAAGUCUAAUCUAACGAAGCAUCAAAAAUAUCACUGUGGAAAGAGACCAUUUCCAUGUGGAAUUUGCGAUAAAAGAUUUAAGUACAGGUUGGAAGCUAUCCAACAUCAGUUAUAUCACAUGGAAGAAAAACCUUUCAAAUGUGGUCGGUGUGGAAUGUGCUUUAAGACAAAGAUGAUUUUACUACAACACGAACAGUGCCAUUCUGAAAAGUGGCAAGAGGAAUGUUUCAAUUACAAACCUCGUUUAAGAACAUAUCAGAAAUACUAUUACGAAAGGACGCCUUUUCAGUGCAAAAGUUGCAGAAAAUAUUUUAAAUAUAAAACAAGUUUAAAAGAUCAUCAAAAAUGUCAUACUAGAGAGAAACCGUAUCAAUGUGAGUAUUGCAAAAAAUGUUUUGCCAGACAGCCAGACUUACGGCAACACCAAAUAUGUCAUUCUGAUGAAAGACCAUUUCUUUGUGAAUUUUGCCAAGCUUGUUUUAAGUCAAAAAAAGUUUUAAUACAACAUCAGAGAUGUCAUGCCGAAAAAAGUCCCUUUCAGUGUGAACUAUGUGGUAAGAACUUCAACCGUAAAUCGCAUCUAACUACGCAUCAACGAUAUACUUAUGACGAUGGUUCUUUUCAGUGCGAGUGCUGCGAAAAGACAUUUAAAUCAAAGUCCUGCUUAAUAUAUCAUCAGAACAUUCUGUUGUGA